ACGGGGUUCUCGUCGCCGAUUGACGCCGAAGUUAGGCUGGUUGCCUCUCAAUAAUUUGCAAUUGUUCAUGAUGCGAAUUGUCAACUUUAGCGAAGAAUUCAACCCUGAGAAAGAGGAGGAAUUAUUGAAAUCUGUUAAAUUCAUUAUCGAUACCGAUAGAGCCUUCCUUGGGGAUUUCCUUCAACAAAGACAAUAUUUAGCUAAAAAUCGAAUGAAAACUGUUCUGGUGGCUUCAAGGGAGAAAACAGCAAAGGAGAACCAAUCCCACAUUGCAUGUGAAAUCAUAUUUGUGCAGUACUUUGCUGGCGGAAACUAUGGCUUUGUAAAGUUUAUUUCUACAGCUGAGCGAUUCAACGAACUCGAAGAGUUGAAUCAUAUCAGACUGCAGUUAGUAAACGAGGCCAUUUCAGUGGUAAAUAAGGUCAGUUUCUACCUUUUAGAUGCCGUUCGUUCAUGCUAUUAUAAUUGAAUAAUUAGAGGGGAACAACUUUAAUAGGUGAACCACUGAGCUGGGAAAAACUAGGUCAUCGUCUGUUUUCAUCUGUCACGAGAUGCGUUAGACCCUCCAUAAUUAUAAUUAGAAUGAGUAUUUUUUUUUCUUUCUCCCAAUUUAAAUAUUGCUUUGUUUAAGGAAGGGUGAUUUGAUUUAAUAAAAUAAGUACUGGUUUGUUAAGUGUCUUAUUUCCUUAAGGUGUUUAGCUAUCUAAGGCUAAACAAACUUCAGUUUAAAAUAAUUCAUUAUUAAUAAUAUUAAAGAAUACCUGUUGAAUCAUAUUAGGUGAUCAAAAAAUAAAACCAUUUAAAAAAAAACUGCUUUUUAACUCCCAUGAGUGAUCAAGAUAAAAUUUUCCUCAUAAUAUCAAGCAGACAAGUGAUGAGAAAAAAGAAAAAUACCAAUUAGGGGAUUGUAAUUGAUCCAAUACCAAAUUCUCCAAACUAAAGUCACAAGAAUUAUGGCAGAUGGUAAGGAAGGGAGAGCUGAAGUGCCAAGGCAUUCAUAAUCAAACAUUUAACCAUUAUAAUCCUAAAAUAAGGAGCACUAAAUUUGGUCACUCUGGGGCUGAGAAGGCAAAAUACAGUCAAACCUGUAUUAAGCAGUUAAUCCCACAGGGAAUGGUGUGGUGACGGCUUAAUCCUUCAACUCCAGUGAGUGACCGAGACAGACCUUCCCCUUACAAUGCACACAGACAAGUUAUGAAAAAUAUAUCAAUUAUGGGAUUACUAAUUGAUCUGAUACCAAAUUCUCCAAACUAGCAUAAUGAGAAUCAUUUGGCAGACAGUAAGGAGAAUUGCUGAUGAGAUCUUGGGAAUUACAGGGGUUAAUACAAAUUUUUCAGAAUAAGGGUAUUAUAAAAAUAGAUAAAUGUGCAUGCACUUGCUCAAAAAUACAAAAAAAAAAUUGAUUUUGGGAGACACAAAUGGAUUAAUGUUAUGUCGAAGAUUUUUCUUAGUUUUAUUUGUCUGAGUCGUUCCACUUCAAGUGACUGUUCAGUGCAGGUUGAGGACAAUACCAAAAGACAGUUGGGACCCUGUAAAGAGUGACUGCAACUGUUAAAUUACAGUCAUUAAGGGGUAACAAUUUUGGAACUCUGAAAACUGACCACUUAACCCUUUAAAUCCCAAGAUCUCCUUAGAAAUUCUCCUUACUGUCUGCCAUACAAUUCAUAUGAUGUUAGUUUGGAGAAUUGGGUAUUGGAUCAACCAAUAAUCCCCUAAUUGAUAUUUUUCUUUAUUCUCAUUACUUGUCUGCUUGAUAUUGUGUUGAUAGUGUAAGGAGAAAUUCUGUCUUGGUCACUAGUGGGACUUAAAGAGUUAAUACAGGAUGACUGCUUAUUAGAGUGCUGCUCUUUAUAUUUGCAGAAGUGCCAAAAGAAUUGGAUAAUUCUUUGUUUUUGUCUGCCUGCACUUAUAUUAUAACAUGUGUCAACUAGCUUUUCUAACCAAAUUUUGAAAAACUAAAUUGGUUAAAAGAGUACCCGACCAAUCUUAAAUAGAUCCAAACAUUUAACAAAAGUGAGGGGAAGCUUGGAUACUUUCAUUAUCAUCCAGAAUGGCACUGACCAGUAUUAACCCUUAAAAUCAUAAGAAUGACCAGCAUCUUAUUUCUCCUAGCAGUUAUACUGCUGAAUUAUUUAUUGAGAUCAUGAGAGUAAAGGAAAUGAUUGCCAAGCUAAAAAGCUUUGAUUGUUGAAAAAUUCUCCUUGUCAGUCUGAAAGAAAUGUGUAAAGAAAAGUGUGGAGAAUAUAGUAACUGAUGUUAGGGUGUAAAGUGUUAUUUAAAUCUAAGGUUGCAUCCUUGAGAUAUGGAGUAUUUUUCCUUAACCCUUUUUAAAGAGAACUCCCAAGAUCUGAUUGUCAAUUCUCUUUUCUAGUGGCUACACAUUUCCUUGUAAAUUAGUUAGGAGAAAUUGGUAUUAAAUAUACUUAUUAUUAGUAUUAUCACUAGCUAGCUGUUUGUUGGAUAAUAAUUUGGAUGUUGUAAGGAGAAAUUACAUGUUGAUUGAACAAUUUCUCUACCCAGUUGUGCACCUUAAGUUAUGUUGAGAGUGCAUCAUAAACCAUACUUCUCUUGAUUUUCUCAGGAGACUACCACAAGUAUUAGACUUACUUUAACCUUUAACUCCUAAGAGUGAUUGGAUUCUAAUUUCUCCUCACAAUAUCACCCUUGAAUCAAACAUUAAGGUCACAAGAAUAAAGGAAAUGAUCACCAACUAGAGGAGCUCUUGAUUGUUAAACAAAUUCUCCUUGUCAGCACUUAAGGAAAUGUAUAGAGAACAGAAUGGAGAAUAUAUAUACUGAUGUUUGGGUGUGAAGGUUUAAUGUUACAGCAUUUAUUAUUACUUUUUUUACAGUAUGCUCAACGGUGUGGCUUUGAUAACUGCAAGGAAAUCUUCAGUGUGAUUAAAAAGAAGCAUAAUUCUAAACCUACCAACAAGUGUGCAGAAUCAGGUCUUUGCAAGUCUCUCUACAUAGCAGGAUUUCGAUGGAUAGAGGCUGAUCUUAUUUCUUCUGAUGUUGAAAGUCAGUGUUGGACUUGUUUGAUUGUUUACAGGCCAAAUUUAGUUCCUAACUACCAGGUUGAAAAUGGUAUCAAAUGGGGCUACAUUGCAACAUCUGUACUACUAAACUUUUGUGAAGAUAUUGUCACUAUUUUGAAUUCAUCCAAUUAUGGAAAACAAACUAUGAGGCAAGUAAAAGCCUUGAUGAAUAAUUUUGAAGAAAGUUCAAGGCUGGAUUUAAAUGUUGUCCAACCCUCAUUUCCUUGGAAUGGUAUGUAUGCAGUGCUCUUGUCAAUAACAAAUAAUUUCAAUAUCAAUAUUGUUAGAGCUAAAAAUCAUUUUUGCCCUUUUGGUGUUGAGUGGCAAGGUGAAAAGGGGCUGUGCCAUCUCAAGCUCUACUUUUACUUCUUUAAUUUCAGUUUCAGUGGAAACCUGGUUAAGCUUCAGGCAAAAAUGGGUCUUUGUGAACAUAAAACUUAACCUUUUUCUGAUCUUCUUUAGGAAGAGUAGGACCUUCUCCUGCAAAUCAGGUUGUGGUUGUUGGUGGAGGGCUGGCUGGGCUUUCUGCAGCAGCUUCUUUGUCUAAGGCUGGUAUUCCUGUCGUCCUUUUGGAGGCAUCCAAUUAUCUAGGUAAGGGGUAUCAAUUUUGAAAAGAUCAUAUCAAGUGAUUGCAAAUGAAAAUGCUCUUAUGUGAAAAGUGGUUUAUAAAAAUGCAGUUGUAGUUCUCAAGAGCCUAAAAACAAGAGCUUGCUGCCUAGAAGAAGAGGAGCUAAGCUUUUAAGGUAUCUUUGCAGGUUUUUUUUAGGCAAAACGUGUGGAAAAUUUCACUUACAGAUUCCAUGUUGCCACGCAUCUGUCCAGUAAUAGAUCAUAGAUGACUCCAAAAUGUCUUAGACAAAACAAAAAGUGAUUGAUGAGGUGCAGCUGAGUGUGACACUGAUAUCCUCCAAGAAAAGACAUGAAACUGCUGUAAUCAUUUGAUAAUUGCAUCUGAUACAUUUCCAGGGCUAUUGGGGGGGGGGCAUCUACCUCCAUGAUCAGGAACUGAUAUUUACUUGGAUAUACUUUGAAUUCACCCAGGUGGAAGAGUGAAGCAAGUUCAGCCAUUUGAAGGGUUUGCUCCAAUUGAUCUUGGUGGAGAGUUUAUCCAUGGAUCUAACACUGUGGUGAACAAGAUUGCUUGUGACAAUGGCUGGGUUGUUCUGCCAGUAAGUAAAGUCAUGUACCCUUUCUCGUAAUUAAGUUAAAAGGUAUAUUUUUUAAUUUUCACCACCGAAAUAAAUCUCUCUAUUAUUAUUUGUUAUAAUUACAAAAAAUUUGGCUUGUGAAACAGAUUCAAAGCUUGUAUGUUGUUGCUGAGCCUCCCAUCUGCAUGGAUAAAUGUUGUACAAGCACUAAGUUAAUGAUAAAGUGAUAAUCUUUCAUGAACACGUUUUGAGGGGGAAUGGAGUGUGGUGUGCACUAUACGUUAGGUGAAUUUUUUUGAAGUCGCCAAUCUCCUUUCACCUGAGAACAUUUUUGCCGUGGAAAGGCUCAUGAUGGUGAAAAUUGUUUCGAGUGCCAUUCUAAUAAUAGAAGAUUUUCAUCCUAAUGCAUAAAAGCCUUUCAGAUAAAUUUUACGCACAUGUCAUUUUUUCAGGCCUCUCAAUGUGAAGCUGGGGAAGAAGGAGAAAAAUUAUUCCACAAAGGAAAACUCUAUUCGACGAACAGUAAUCAACGGGAAAUCAGACUUGCUCGAGAAGCGUGGGCCGAACUGAUCAACAGCAAAUACAGAAAUCAAGAAAAGGAAACGGAAUAUUUGUCUGAUUCUGUGAAGGUGAGACUUGAAGAGAAAGGCUUGUCACGUGACGUGUUGGAUGUAAUUGAUUGGUGGAAGAUGAAGAUAUCUGCAGGAUCCUUGGAUCACUAUGGAGUGCGGGAAGGGCGGAGGAGAAUGGAGUCCAAAUAUGAGUGGGGAAUUGAAGAUUGCAGGUAAAAGAGUUUUUGAAUUAGUUUUGUUUUGAAAAAGACGGGGUGAUUUCAACAUUACUGUCCUAGGACAAGGCUAAUAGCUUACGAAAUGUACUCUGUUGCUUAACACAGCGCUCAAACGUCUUCCCUCCUGGAUAUAUGCCCUCUCUCGGUUUUUCUUGUUUUGAUAGUUAGGAACUCUGCUGUGAUUUAGGCAUUAAAAUGUUAAUAAUAGGAAAGCAAAGAUGAGGUUUUAAGGGAAAAGUUUGAACUGAACUUCCGCUUUUCUAUGUUCUAGUUUAGUUCGUGUGGUAAAUUUUUAUUCUGUUUCAAAUGCAUUGAAACAAAUUCGUUUUUUUAUGAUGAUUUAAAGCUUGAUUAAAAACCGGUAAAUGGAAAACGCAUUUUGAUUAACACUUUUAUAGUUAGUUUAGAAGCGCUUUUUCUAUUCCAGUUAUAAGCCCCCUUGGACAUAAGGCCCCAGGUUUAUAGCCCACCAAAGACCCCUUACGAAGUUGUAUAAGCCCAGGGGUUAAAAGCGGCAGUUUACGAUUUCGUGAUAAAAAUGUCUGCCUGUAGAAUUCGUGGUAUUCUGAAGAUAAACCAGGGUCGUAGUCAAUUUUUCAUACACUGAGUUGUUUACUUGAAGUUGUUUUGGUACAAGGUACCAACGCUCUCUGUCAUUGAAACUUUUUCCUUUAGACUCGCGGAAUCUUACUUACAGCUGGUGAAGUACUACUUGGUUAACAGUAUGGAUGUGGAUAAGCGUCUUAACUGGCAGGUUAAGGAAGUUGUUUGGAAAGGUUAGCUCUUUCGUUUUAGUUUUUAUUUAUUUCAGGAAUCUGUCAGCGCGCAAUUGAUUUACAGCAGUAGUUUAUUCAGAGAAUUGUGGUUACCUGGUUGUAACAUUUUCCCUUCGUUAGAUUUGAGUUUCGUCCUUUCGUGAGAGUUUCAUGAAACUAACCUCUUUCUGAAAUUGUUGGCACAGUUAUUGUGCCUCUAUAUGAUUAUUACAAAGCCUUUGUUUCUCAGCGAUGGUUAUUUUUUUUUUCAUUUUAAAACCUUUUCCUUGUCCUCCUAAAAAAGUUGUAUUUGGAUGGAAUUCGGAUUUUGUUUUAAGAGAGCUUAAGGAUUCAAAUGCUAACUAAAAUUUGGCGAGGAAAGAAUGUCUUGAUUCAUAUAUUUCGGGCAGGAGACAGGGUGAGAUCCAACAACAGUGAACGAAUUCUUCUGAAAAAUCAACAUGGCCAGGAGAUGACCGCCAAGCAUGUGAUCAUUACCGUACCACUAACAGUCCUCAAAGAUGGCGACAUAACCUUCACUCCAGCACUUCCCGCUGACAAGAACAAGGCCAUACGCACGAUACAGAUGCUGGGCGCGUGGAAAAUCGCUUGUCGUUUCAAACGCCGCUUCUGGCCGGAGAAGCUGCAUCAAAUUUACAGCGUUCGUGGGUUCGCUAGUGAGAUAUGGACUUGCUCACAUGAUUGUCCCGACAGUGACGAAAAAUGUCACGUGGUUGUCGGGUUUGAAACUGCCGAGCCCGCGGAAGAGAAACGGUAUCUCAGCGGACAGGAAGUGUUGAGAGGAUUUUUGAGUCAUCUGGAUGAGAUAUUUGGGUAUGAAUGUACCGCAAAGUUGAGUAGGCCCUAAUAGAUUGUGCUUGUAAGAGAGGCAUAUUGUGUCACCAGCAUUGUCCAAAAAUCAGGCUAAAAUUUAUGCUCAGUUUUGAAAAUUAUGCUAUUUUUACUUAAUUUCCGCUUUUCAAAACCUGAAAAGCAAAAUUGGAAACUGAUUGAUGCAAUCAUGGAAUAGGACUGAAGUGACAAUUGUUGCACUGUAAUACGCCUCCUGCACUCUGUUAAGUGCUGCUGUAACUUUGCUUUUCAUUCUUUUAUGACAGCACUUCCUCGGACCCAAGCCCUGCCAGCGACUCGUUCAUGGACUUCGUGUACUUCCAUUGGUCAAACCAUCCUUACAUUCGCGGGGGAUAUACCUCGCCCACUGCGCAUGUUUACGAACUCCGUCGCGUGCUCGCCAGCCCUGUUGACGAUCGCUUGUUCUUUGCGGGCGAAGCCACGAGUUCAAGGUCAUGUUCGACUGUACCUACUGCGAUCGAAACUGGAACACGCGCGGCAGAUGAAGUUUGUUGUGCGGCUGGAAUUCUUCCUCUUGCAAAACUUUAAUCAUAGCUUUUUUCCUUAAGCGCCGCUGCGGUGCCAGAUUAAAGUAUUAGGAACUUAUUUGACAGUGUUGCCAAGGGAGAGACGUCGAGUAGUUGGAAAUUAAGAGAAAUUGCUAAUGUGGCGCCACGUGCAAUUUACUGUAACCUGGGAAAGAGAUUUUGAUACUCAAAACAUUUGAUCUAUGUAUGAAAUAAUAUUGUAAAAAAACCCACAGCAAGCUUUCAGCGAGACACCACACUGAUCAAGGAUUUUCCAAGCUAACUUGAUACUGAAAAUGAACGAGUUAAGACUAAAUUCUUAAUGGCUCAUCAGUCGAGCACAAGUGCCGACUGAUAACCCUUUAACUCCCAAGAACUGAUUAUUAAUUCUCCCCUCUAACUUCACACAUCUCUUGCUGAAUAAGUUUCCAGAAUUUGGUGUUAGAUCAAGAUAACAACUUUCACCUAAUAGUUUGAGUAUUCUCACUACCUGUUUGCUUGAUAGCGUUUGACUACAGUUGGAAGAAGUUACAUUUUAAAUCUCUUUCUGGGGUAUUGUGCAUACAUAAAAGCUUAAAAAGCUAACAUGUUAGAGAAUGGACCUGCUGAAAAACCACCAAACAUUAAGUUCGGCUGAAAAUAAGGAAAUUUGCUGAAAAAUAAAACCCAGAGCACAAGGAAAGGCAAAAAACAAAAUGAAGGUACUAAUAAUAUGACAAGGAACAAUUACUUUGACCUGUGCCCUUUAUUAAUGGCAUUCCGUGACCAAAUGCCGAGGAAGCUUUAAAAAUCAUUUCAAAAGUACAAAGCACUUUACACUGGCGUACUGUCUCCAAAUAAGCGAGGACUCGAUGCUUCCAAACAAAAAUUAUUAGUUCUGUGUAUAGAGCUAAAUGUCUUACUCCUGUUAGGACUUACUACAAAAAGGCUUGAUAAAUGUCGCUCUACACAAGAGGAGCGCAGCACUUGUGGUUAAUCUUUAAAAUCUUAAGCUGUUUCUUCUCAAUCCUGGUCUUCGUCCAUUAGUCUUCUUUUGCGAUCCCGUUCCCUUGCAGUCUGGCUCUCCCUAACUUCCUAACAGCUUCUACCUUUGUACUAUCACUUAAGCAAUCGUAACUAUUUUGAGCAGUCGGCGGAGGUUAAAAAUUCACUCUUUAGUAGAUUAUUACGACUAUUACGUCACGAACGUAAAGGGUUUUCGGAGGAAUUACAACAAUCAUCUCAGACAUUUCACGAAAUUUCUACGUGACUAGAAAUGUUUGCGAAACUACUCUGAUCCGCGACAUCCGGGUUCAGGAAACCCAGGAUAAUAAACUCAAAUCUUUCCACCCUCAGUUCAGGCUACACAGAAAUAAACGGGGAGGAAAAGUCUUCAGUUUUUCUUCAAACACUCCACGAGGCAUUUGUAAACCUUUGUUUAUUAGUGCGUGCUACCUUUACUUUGCCGAAUAAAAGUCGCUCCUGAAAUACAAGUGCGUACGUCCUCUCGUCAGGAAAUUCCUUGGACAAUCAUGGUUACUAUAACUCUAGAAUUUUCUAGUUUCCGGGCAUCUCUGGUAUCAUAUUUCAAAUUAAAUAGCAUUUAUAUGAAUUAAAUGGCCAGAAGAUCUGAUUUACUCUCCAAGUUGUAUUAUUAAACAAUGGAAUUUGACAAUUUAAUCAACAGCUUGUGAUGGUUUCGUAACG